UGAAAAAAAGCCGUGUCCAGUUGUCAACUUUUUGCAUCCUCUCGCGUUUCCUUGUGCAAGUUCCGCAACAGACAAGCACGAAAACCCGAUUUUAGAAGCGAAAAAUGGCAGAUUCUGAGCUCGCUAAAGCCUUGAAGGACCUGCCGAAUCGAGUAUUGAACGUUAACGUCGAAGAGCGGCCGGAACUAUUUCGCAAUGUUACUUCAGUGCUACCCAAUCCAGGUAUCAACGCCACUAUCGUCCGCGGAAUUUGUAAGGUGAUUGGAACAACUCUAACCAAGUAUAAAGACCCAGCUUCGCAGACCUUAGUGCGUGAUUUAAUCGUAGCUCUGCUGAAACAGCAUCCGGAUUUGGCAUACGAGCAUAUGAACAAUGUACUGAAAGCACUAGUUUCAAAGGAUCUCGCUGCAGCUCCUCCUUUAAAAGGCGCACAGGCAGCAGUAUUAGCGUUGAGUUGGGCUAAUUUGGUUGCGCUGCAUGGAAAUCAUGAUUCAGAUGUAGGCAAGAAAGAGUUUUCGAAACUCAUUGAAAAUCAGGCUGCACUGUAUCAAUUGUCUUUGACGUCAGGCAUUCAGAAAAUUUCGGAUAAAGCAUACAGCUUCCUAAAAGAGUUCUUCACUAAAAAGGAAGACAUUGAGAAGGUAUAUUUUGAAAAGCUGUUGGCGUUGGAGCCAUGCAGUUCGGUGGUACUUAUGCUGUCUGUUAUUCUCCGUUACUGCAAGGAGGAAUUCGAUUCGGUUGCUCUGCUUGAACAAAAUAAAUCUAAAUUGCUGGAUUAUAUCGUGAAGGGACUUAUCACGGUCAAGGUUAAACCUCAUGCCAGUGAUAUCUCAGGUUGUGCUCCGAUAUUCAGUGCCAUCAGUAAGGAAGAAUUCAAGAGCUCUAUUCUACCGGCUCUGCAGCGUUCCAUGCUUCGGUCACCGGAAAUAAUACUACGAGCCGUGGGGGCUAUUGUGUGCGAGAUUCAAGCCGACAUAAGUGAUUUCGCAUUGGAUUUGGGCAAAUCGUUGGUGCAAAAUUUAGCCUCUAAGGAUGAAACGGUACGACAAGAAGCGGUAGAAUCGCUCAAACAGGUGGCCAUGAAAUGCGGCUCUCCGAAAGCGAUUGAGGCGAUGUUGAAGGAGGUUUUUGCUAUAUUAAAUGGCUCGGGUGGGAAAAUCACCAUAAUGGAACUGAGGAUCAAUUUGCUGCAGGGUGCUGGAAAUUUAAGCUACAAUCAGAUCAACUGCAAUGAUAUACAAGUGCUCAUGCCGACAGUAACCGACUAUUUCACUAAGGCACUGGAAACCGAGUUACAGGAAAAGGCACUCUGUCAUGCACUGGAAAUGUUCGGCCUGUGGUCUCUGAACAUUCGUGGGGAAAUACCGCCUAAAAUUGUGCAAACCUUCAAAAAAGGGUUGGAAGCUAAAUCUCCAGUAUUGCGCACCAGUUAUUUGCAGUGGUUCCUCGGUUGUUUGGAAAAUGGGUCAUUACCAAGUGGAAGCGACUUCACGGCUGCGCUUUCCAAAAUUGUAGAGAAAGCGGCCCAGAAUCCUACACAGACACCGAUGGUGUCCGAAGGUGUUGGAGCAGCUUGCAUAGUACUGGCAACAAAUGCUAAAGUUAGCGAUUCGCUCAAGGACUUUUGGAAUGUCGUUCUAGACAUGAAUAAGAAAACAUUCCUGGGUGAAAAAUUUCUUGCCAACACAGCACCCGAAACACUUUGCUACGUAAUGUUGUACUGUGAGAAACUACUGCUGAAUCACUAUGACGCUUUGAAGGGUUCACCGGACACCUUGUUUAAAACGGUGAUCUAUUGCACAAACUCACCCCACAAAAAGGUUCGCCGAUACUGUCUACCACGUGUGAAGACUAUCGUUAACAGCGCGAAUGGGGUUUCUCUAGCUAAGAGCCUCCUACAAGAACUAGUCCGUUUCGUUGAAAAUGUGCGCAUCCUUAAUGAAGGCGAACAGGAAGAUGGGGUUGUUCCUGCUCAGGCACUGGUAGACAUCAUGCAAACUGUAACAAAUAUUGAAUCUAUCUCCAAUGCAGAUUCGCAAGCUGUAGCAUUGAAUGCAUUACUCUGUGCGCACCAUCCAGCCGCGGUAUCCGUGAGGUCCGACCUGUGGGAAGCGAUUUUGAAGAGUUACGAGCUUGACGGCAAAUAUUUCAUUUCAAUGAACUCCGCUGCAAUCAAGGACUCCUUCUUCAACAGCUACAAAGCGACUACUAUGUACGAGAACACGUUGGCAACGUUAGCUCGUAUCAGCCCUGAGGCCAUUCUUCCGGUUCUGGUGAAGAACGUUACGGAUCAUUUGAACAAUUCUCGCAUGUCGAAUGUAAGCGAUGAGGAAUACUUCACUUAUUUGACACCGGAUGGGGAGCUGUACGACAAGAGCGUUCUACCCAACUCGGACGAGCAAUUGAAUACCGCUCAUCUGAAACGUGAGAAUAAAGCUUAUAGUUACAAAGAACAAUUGGAGGAAUUGCAGUUACGUCGCGAAAUUGAGGAAAAACGCCGUAAGGAGGGUAAGUCCAAGCCCCCGCAGUUGACACCUAAGCAAAAAGAAGCGAUUGAGCGGCAAACUGAGAAAGAGAAAGCUAUCAAAAGUCGAUUACGCGAGUUAAGUAACAUCAUCGCAACGUUGAUCUCGCAGAUCGAGGGAGCCGCCAAAGGAACUCCGAAGCAACUGUCGCUCUUUUUCCCGACCCUACUGCCGGCUAUUUUACGCGUGUUCGCGUCUCCAUUGGCAGCACCGCAAAUGGUUAAACUAUACCUAAGACUGAUGGAUACUUGCUUUGGCGGGGAGCUAGCGGAAGUCGGCCGAGACUUGGCUAUCGCAACAAUUCGUUUGAGUCAACCGCAUUGCGAUUUGGAGGAGAGCUGGUGCAGUGCGAAUAUAUUGGAACUGGUUAGUGACAUUCUGGUAUCGCUGUACGAUGAAACUAUAGAUAAGUACAAUGUUCAUAUUGAGGAAGACGACGCUAAGAGUUAUCUGCUGAAUGCACCGGCGUUCAGUUAUACGUUUGAGUUUUUGAAGCGGGCUUUGACAAUGCCGGAUGCAUCGAAGGACGAAAGUUUGCUGGUUAAUGGUAUACAGAUUAUCGCCUAUCAUGCUCAGCUGAAGGGGGACACGAUUGACGGACAGAAUUUCGAAGAUUUGUAUCAUCCAAGGUAUAUGCCAAGAUUGGAAAUGUUGAAGCUGCUUUUAAAAUUGAUUCAACAGCAGCGGGGACGAGUUCAGACGCAGGCAGUGUCGGCUUUGUUGGAUGUUGCUGAAAGUAGCUCAGGAAAAGAGUACACUGCUAAGGCCGAUCACAGGGAGAUUGAGUGCUUACUGGUGGCAUUGCAAGAUGAGCUGGAAGCGGUUCGAGAUGUUGCGUUGAGGGCGUUGGCAAUUAUGAUUAAAACUUUACCCUCAAUUACCGACGAUUACGAGCUAGGGUUGAGAUUAACUAGGCGGUUGUGGGUUGCGAAGCAUGACGUGUGCCAGGAUACCAAGGAACUGGCGGAGAACGUUUGGGUUCAAGGUAGCUUCGAGGUUCCGAUUGUGAUGGCUGACGAACUUAUGAAGGAUAUAAUUCACCCGGAGCCAUGCAUUCAGAAGGCGGCUUCAUACGCGUUGGUUUCUAUUUUAGCUGAAGAUUCGUCGAUUAUUGACAGUAUUGUAGAGCAGCUGCUAGAAAUAUAUCAAGAUAAACUGACGAUGAUUCCAGCAAAGUUGGAUCAGUUUGAUCGUGAAAUUGAACCAGCGAUAGAUCCAUGGGGUCCGCGGAGGGGUGUUUCAAUUGCACUCAGUCAAACCGCACCCUUCUUGACGGCUGAACUGGUGAACAGUUUGACACAGUUCAUGGUUUCGACGGGGUUGCGCGAUCGCGAGGAAAUUGUCCACAAGGAGAUGCUAGCCGCUUCACUGGCUAUCGUUGAGCAUCAUGGAAAAGAAAGUGUAUCCUAUCUGUUACCAACUUUCGAGGAGUUUUUGGAUAAGGCACCGAACAAUAGUGAUUACGAUAAUAUUCGCCAGGCUGUUGUUAUUUUGAUGGGUUCGUUAGCCCGUCACUUGGAACGUGACGACAGUCGAAUUCAGCCGAUUGUUAACCGUUUGCUGGCAGCUCUGGCGACACCUUCACAGCAGGUUCAAGAAUCGGUGGCCAACUGUAUUCCUCAUUUGAUUCCGUCCGUAAAAGAACAAGCACCGAACAUGGUCAGAAAGCUAAUGCAGCAAUUGGUUAAGUCGGAAAAGUACGGAGUUCGUAGAGGUGCCGCUUAUGGAAUAGCUGGAAUCGUGAAGGGUCUUGGUAUAUUGUCCCUCAAGCAACUUGAUAUAAUGACAAAACUAACGAAUCACAUUCAAGAUAAGAAAAAUUACAAAUGCCGAGAAGGUGCACUGUUUGCUUUCGAAAUGCUGUGCUCAACGUUGGGUCGUCUCUUUGAGCCGUACAUCGUGCAUGUUUUGCCGCAUCUGCUGCAGUGUUUUGGGGAUUCCUCCUCUUAUGUCCGAGAAGCAGCCGAUGAGUGUGCCAAAACUGUAAUGGCAAAAUUAUCGGCUCAUGGUGUGAAGCUAGUGCUGCCUUCUCUGCUCAAUGCACUGGAUGAAGACUCCUGGCGAACAAAGACAGCGUCGGUUGAGCUGCUCGGAGCGAUGGCUUUCUGUGCACCGAAACAACUCUCAUCUUGUUUACCGAGCAUCGUACCGAAACUGAUGGAAGUGUUGGGAGAUUCGCACAUUAAAGUACAGGAAGCUGGCGCAGAUGCUCUGAAGGUCAUAGGAAGUGUCAUUAAAAAUCCGGAAAUUCAAGCAAUCGUACCGAUUCUUCUAAAAGCAUUAGAAAACCCAUCAAUCAAAACUUCAGCAUGCUUACAAAGCCUUCUGGAAACGAAAUUCGUACACUUUAUCGAUGCUCCAUCGCUUGCUCUAAUCAUGCCUGUUGUUCAGCGAGCCUUCAACGAUCGCUCGACGGAAACCCGCAAGAUGGCAGCUCAAAUCAUCGGAAACAUGUACUCACUUACCGAUCAGAAGGAUCUGACGCCGUACCUACCGAACAUCAUCCCAGGACUGAAAACUUCCUUACUGGACCCCGUGCCGGAGGUCCGCGCUGUUUCUUCUCGUGCCCUGGGAGCUAUGGUCAAAGGCAUGGGCGAGUCUUCGUUCGAAGAUUUGCUUCCUUGGUUGAUGCAAACAUUGACUUCAGAAAGCAGCAGCGUAGAUCGUUCCGGUGCCGCUCAGGGUCUGUCCGAAGUUGUCGGAGGCUUAGGUGUAGAGAAACUGCACAAACUGAUGCCUGAAAUUAUUGCCACCGCCGAACGCACAGAUAUUGCACCGCAUGUUAAGGAUGGCUACAUCAUGAUGUUCAUCUACAUGCCAAGUGCUUUCCCGAACGAUUUUACACCGUACAUUGGGCAAAUUAUCAACCCAAUCCUGAAAGCUCUUGCAGAUGAGAACGAAUACGUAAGAGAUACUGCUUUGAAGGCUGGUCAAAGAAUUGUAAACUUGUACGCGGAAUCAGCUAUUGCGCUUUUACUACCCGAACUGGAAAAAGGUUUGUUCGACGAUAACUGGCGUAUUCGCUAUAGCUCGGUUCAACUGUUGGGAGAUCUACUUUACAAGAUCUCCGGAGUUUCUGGAAAGAUGACGACGCAGACAGCUUCUGAGGACGACAAUUUUGGAACAGAACAGAGUCACAAAGCAAUUAUCAGAAGUCUGGGUGCCGAACGAAGAAACCGAGUGUUGGCUGGGUUGUACAUGGGUCGUAGCGAUGUUUCGUUGAUGGUGCGACAAGCGGCGUUGCAUGUGUGGAAAGUUGUUGUUACUAAUACCCCUCGAACUCUUCGGGAAAUUCUACCUACGCUGUUCAGUCUUCUGCUUGGCUGCCUAGCCAGUACCAGCUACGACAAACGCCAGGUUGCGGCUAGAACAUUGGGAGAUCUUGUCCGUAAGCUGGGAGAGCGAGUAUUACCGGAAAUCAUUCCCAUUCUCGAACGUGGUUUGAAUUCGGAUCAAGCCGAUCAACGUCAGGGAGUUUGUAUUGGUCUUUCUGAAAUCAUGGCGUCCACUUCGAGAGAUAUGGUGCUCACUUUCGUUAACAGUUUGGUUCCAACGGUGCGUAAGGCGUUAGCUGACCCACUUCCAGAAGUUCGCCAAGCUGCUGCCAAAACUUUCGAUUCCCUCCACGCGACUGUUGGAUCACGUGCUCUGGAUGAUAUUCUGCCAUCGAUGUUGGAAAGUCUUUCUGAUCCCGAUCCGGAUGUUGCCGAGUGGACCUUGGAUGGUUUGCGUCAAGUUAUGGCGAUCAAAUCUCGUGUCGUCCUGCCAUAUCUCAUUCCUCAACUAACGGCCAACCCCGUUAACACAAAAGCACUAUCUAUAUUGGCAUCCGUUGCUGGAGAAGCUCUGACAAAAUAUCUCCCGAAAAUAUUACCUGCUCUACUAUCAGCUUUGGCUGGUGCUCAAGGAACACCGGAGGAAGCUCAAGAGCUGGAGUACUGUCAGGCUGUCAUCCUAUCGGUGAGUGAUGAGGUAGGCAUCCGAACCAUCAUGGACACCGUCAUGGAGUCAACCAAAUCAGACAACCCGGAAACGAGAAAAGCAGCCGCAACUCUGCUCUGCGCCUUCUGUACUCACUCUCCGGGAGAUUAUUCUCAAUACGUUCCACAACUGCUACGUGGUCUCUUGCGCUUGUUAGCCGACUCGGACCGUGAUAUUUUGCAGCGAGCGUGGGAUGCACUUAACGCCGUUACAAAAACAUUGGACUCCGCUCAACAGAUUGCACAUGUCACGGAUGUUCGCCAAGCAGUGAAAUUUGCCAGUAGCGAUCUUAAAGGUGCUGAACUUCCCGGAUUUUGUCUACCGAAAGGCAUUACCCCUCUGCUACCCGUUUUCCGUGAAGCCAUUCUCAAUGGUCUGCCUGAGGAAAAGGAAAAUGCAUCACAAGGCUUAGGAGAAGUCAUCAUGCUAACAUCGGCAACAUCCUUGCAACCUUCCGUUGUUCACAUCACUGGUCCACUGAUUCGCAUUCUUGGUGAUCGGUUCAAUGCCGGUGUAAAAGCAGCAGUCCUUGAAACUCUUGCUAUUCUCCUACACAAGGUUGGUAUUAUGCUGAAACAAUUCUUGCCCCAGCUGCAGACAACAUUCCUAAAAGCUCUGCACGAUCCUAACAGGAUCGUAAGAAUCAAGGCUGGUCACGCUCUGGCGGAGCUGAUCGUUAUCCAUACCAGACCGGAUCCUCUCUUCGUGGAGAUGCACAAUGGUGUCAAGAAUGCGGAUGAUUCUGGUGUACGCGAGACUAUGCUGCAAGCGCUGCGUGGCAUUCUGACUCCAGCUGGUGACAAAAUGACUGAACCGCUGAAAAAGCAAAUUUAUGCAACUCUCGCUGGAAUGCUGGGUCAUCCGGAGGACGUAACACGAUCAGCGGCAGCUGGAUGCUUCGGUGCUCUCUGCCGAUGGUUAAGUCCCGAUCAGCUAGACGAUGCUUUCAAUUCACAUUUGCUCAAUGAAGACUAUGGGGAAGAUGUGGCUUUAAGACACGGCCGAAUUACCGCACUUUUCGUCGCCCUCAAAGAGCACCCUGUUACAGUAUAUACCGAGAAAUAUGAGGCUAAAAUUUGCAAAACCAUUACAUCGUCGAUAACAACGGAUAAAAUACCAAUCGCUCUGAAUGGUGUGCGAGCUGCGGGAUACCUUCUCCAACACGGUAUGUGCUCGGCAAAUGUCAAGCUUCCCCAGCAAAUUAUUGGGCCAUUCGUCAAAUCCAUGAACCACGUUAGCAAUGAAGUAAAACAACUACUGGCGAAAACCUGCAUCCAUUUAGCCAAAACUGUCCCAGUCGAGAGCACUGCUCCCGAAUAUUUGCGUUUAGUCAUUCCGAUGCUCGUGAACGGAACCAAGGAAAAGAAUGGUUAUGUUAAGUCGAACUCAGAAAUUGCCCUAGUCUAUGUGCUGCGAUUACGCGAAGGUGAUGAAGUGCAUCAAAAGUGUUCAGCCCUACUGGAACCGGGUGCCAGAGAAUCGCUCAGUGAAGUAGUAAGCAAAGUCCUGCGCAAGGUUGCACUGCAGCCGGUGGGCAAAGAAGAAGAACUAGACGACACAAUUCUUACGUGAUUAGGGUGGCCCUCGCCACGAACCAAAGGAAGACGAACCCAGUGUCAAACGAGUGACAUUCGCACCGGUUUUCAUACUACCUUGAGACUAGACGUUGCCAACGAUUGCCGCCGCAUUCUGCUGACGAUAACAUUCGAAUUGUUACGUAACAGUUGGCACGUAUGGAACAAUAAAACAGAUAAUCGCUAUGAGAAAAGUA